ACACCAAGGGUGUGUCAUGUGGGGAAUCCGUGUCGUCAUUCCUUCCCCACUGCGCCACCGAGUACUGGAGGAGCUGCACAGUGGCCAUCCUGGGCUGGUUCGGAUGAAAGCACUAGCCCGCAGCUUUGUAUGGUGGCCAGGCAUCGACACAGACAUCGAGCAGACCGGCAAGGCCUGCCUUGGCUGUCAGGCACACCAGGCGGCGCCACCGAAGUCACCGCUACAUCCCUGGGAGUGGCCGUCCAAGCCAUGGCAGCGUCUCCACAUUGAUUUUGCCGGGCCGUUCCAAGGGCACAUGUGGCUGAUUGUGGUGGACGCCCACAGUAAGUGGCCAGAAGUGCUACCAAUGAGCAGUACCACUGCCCCGGCUACCAUACGCCGUCUCCGAGAAGUGUUUGCUCAACAUGGCCUGCCGGACCAGAUCGUGAGUGACAACGGCCCGCAGUUUACUGCCGAUGAGUUCCGCCGUUUCACAGAAGCCAACGGCAUAACGCACACGUUCUCAGCACCGUACCACCCAGCGACUAACGGGUUGGCUGAACGAUUUGUGCGUACAAUGAAGCAGGCACUCAGGUCCCAUUCUGCCACAGCACCGCUUGAGUUCUUGCCUCGCUUCCUGUUGGCCUAUCGCACCACACCCCAUGCUACAACGAAUGCCACACCAGCAUCCCUGCUAAUGCACCGGGAGCUACGCACGCGGCUGUCGCUGGUUCAACCCAGUGUCCAGGCAUCUGUUGCUAAGAAACAGACAGCUCAGCGUAGUGCAAGAUCAGCGAACCGUGAGCGCACGUUUGCUGUGGAUGACACCGUCAUGGUACGUGACUACCGCACCAACGCACCACACCCGUGGAUUCCGGGCACAGUGCAAGCGGUACACGGCUCCCGCCACUAUACAGUGGAAGUUGGCCCAGACCAGCAAUGGAGGCGCCAUGUUGAACAGCUCCGGUCAGCCGACUCCGCUCCGCAAUCAUCCGUACCGAUGAACACAGCGCCUUUGCCGUCCGUGGCAGAACCGGAUCACAGUUUGUGCUUUCCGACUGCUCAUUUGCCAGCUAGUGUUCCGACACCACCCAGUGUCCAAGCCGCUGCUACUCCAACACCUCCGCCUGCGCAAACACCAGUAGCAGCAACUACGGCAACGCAGCAGGUCCAGUCGCCGCUGGCACAAGAUACGACUGAACCCCGCCGUAACCCGCCGAGAGCCCGAGUCCUGCCGGCUCGCCUGAGAGACUGAAUUGCUUCUUGCUCACACAAUUGCUGUCCCGUGCUCUCAGCUCAUCCGCUUCUUCUUCUUGUGCAUUAAAUGUUAUGCCGUAUAGGAAUACCUCGUAGCUCAACAUGUA